AUGAUUCUCCGAAUAGUUCUCAUACUUCCCAUCCUCGUCGCCGCAGAACCAAUCCUUUCGGGUUUCACUAUUGAUGCAGAAUGUGUGAAAGUGAGCAAGGAUACUGAACGAUGUGACUACCUGUUUGCUUUCAAUGGAACUGCCAAAGCUAUAAUCGUCAGUGGCUGUGACGACUUGAGAGAUGAUUUCAUAGACUAUGGGCCUUGGCCAACAGUUACCAAUGUUACAUUCAACUGCGCGUUCAAUGACUUUCCCUGGAACUUUACUGACGUUUUCCCGAAUAUUCGAUACGUUCACUUCAACAAGUGCAACCUGAGAACUCUCCAAUGGCAAAGUGUCUAUACUGAUACCCUGAGGAUAGUGGACCUCACAGAAUGCCCGAUCGAAUGCAACUGUCAAAACCAAUGGAUGAAGGCUGAUGGGAGUUUUGGAAAACUCAAGGAACCCUUAUCUCUGAAGAGAUGCGUGCCGGAUUGUGACUCAGCAUACAUGAAAAUCAACCAGACAAUGAUAACUGGAAAUGGUGGAGAGAAUGUGACAAUUCAUGUUGACAUACGGGAUAGUUUCAUCAAUAGGACUAUUGACAAACCAUAUUUCGAAUGGGCAUUUGCAAAGAGUCGUCAUAACUAUGAAGAGUUGGUUUCGCAAUCAACAGCAGACCUGGUGAUUACUAACUUGACGCGAGAAGACAUGGGCCUGAUUGGUGUUAUCUGCUGGCAUUGUGUAGAUUUUUUGACAACCAAAGUUGAGCUUCGUGUGAACUUGCCCAUAAAAGUGGAGUUUGUCGAGAAGACGCGAGGAGACACGGAUUUUCUUGUGGUGCAGGGAUAUCCGAUUGAGAAUAUCACUUUGUCGAUAACCAGGAGCAAUCACACCGAAUCAAAUGUAAUGGAUAAUGAAUACGACUCGGUGUUCUUCUCCAGUCUAAUCGUGCGGCCGGAAAAACGGACCAACUCCAUAUUCUACCAAAGAACAUAUCGCAUUUUCACCAAAGACAUUGCAGAUGGUGAUCACUUGUCUGGGGAUCUCAGAUUUGAAGUCUGCACAAUGGGCAAUUGUGGUGCAGUUGAAAAGCACGUAUCUCAUUUAGGUGUAAUUAAUGGCACCUUGGAAGAUUUCGUAAGACUAGAAUAUCCGUACAAACAAGGAGUUCACGUGACAAUAUCUCUUCUUUUGUUUUGUCUCCUGAUGAUUGUCAUUGCCUUCGGUCUCUACUUUAAAGAGAAAAUUCGAGAUGUGUUCAGGGAGAAGUCAAUUAGUGAGUUCGCAUCGUCCGAAAGUCUUUCAUCUGUCUCUAGCGUGACUGGACUACGUAAACGAGCCACACUCGCCAGUGAAAUGGUACGACGGGCCAGUCAUGACACUGAACAGACUCUGUUGAGACUAGAGGAGAGACAUUCAUUGGCUUCCGAUUACUCUAAUAUGACACUUCCGUUCAUUGACAUGGGAAACAUUCAGAUUCACGAGAUGCUCGGCAAAGGACAUUUUGGAGAAGUAUACCUUGGUUCAUGGGAGCAAACCGGUCCAAACAGUGUAGCUAUCAAAAGUAUCCGACAUGUAGACAUGGAGACUGAGAAAGAGGCACAAGUUCUGAGAGAUCUGGAUCAUCCGAAUAUUGUGAAGUUGUACGGAAUGACACGUAACAAUUACAACCUCUUGCUUGUUUUUGAACACAUGAAUUUUGGAGAUCUCAAAACGUAUUUGGAGAAACGGUCACCAAUGAAGUCGUUGUACCUGCAAUACCCACCGCCACUGGUUAAUGAUGAGUUGAAAUGGAUUAUCAAAGAAAUCACCGUUGGAGUCUGCUACCUCGUCACUCAAUCUGUUGUCCAUCGUGAUUUGGCAGCCAGAAACUGUUUAGUAGCCGGAGAUUCUGACAUGAGAGCGCCUAGUCAUUUGCAACGACCACCAUUGAGAAUUAAGAUCUCGGAUUUCGGAAUGUCCCGCCGCCUGUACGAUCACUCUGACUACUACACCAUGGAUCAUCAAGGAGCCCUUCCAGUUCGUUGGUUACCCCCAGAAGCUGUUCAGUCUCAUCGGUUCACGUUUAUGAGCGACAUCUGGGCUCUGGGAGUAACAAUGUGGGAAUGUAUGGCUUAUGGAAAACAACCGUUCGAUGGACUCAGCAACUUGGAAGUGUCUUCCUUCACAUUGGCCGGAAUGAGACCACUGAAACCGGAACGUUGCCCACAAGAGAUGUAUGACUUAAUGGUCAAAUGCUGGCAUAUGGAACCGUCGAAACGUAUCACCGCUGUUGAAAUUCUUGAAGACCACGUGUUUGACAAAAUCCGUGGUGGACUCCCAUAUGAGCCAAUCAUUGAGAAGUCGAUUGUUGCCUCCUGCCGUACAAAUAUAAAUCGGUAUCAAGACGAGAUUGCGGAAACGAGCUUCACACAUUCUCCUGGUACUUCUGAGAACACUGGAUCAGACGGUGGUUCUGAAUGUUAUUCAGAGACCAGUGGUGUCACUUUCCAAACAGGAUACUCUACGGAGCCACUUCUGGAUAGCAAGAAGGAAGAUGAUAUAUCUCUAUUUGCAACCGCUUAA